AGUGCUUCUCGUGAAGUAUAUACAAAUCAAAUAACGGCAUAUGAAUCAGGGUAGUUUCUGGGGGGGGAAUCUAAAUUAAAUGUAGGAAAAAAAAAUAGGGAAGUCAUCAUUGGACCGAAGUCUAAAAACAAAAGUAUCAAUUAACCUAUGGGCGGCGUGGCGGACAGCAGAUUGCAGUUGUUCUCAAGUUGUAAACAAUUCUGAGGUAAACAGAAGGGCAGUUGUACAAUACUGAAUGAAUCAGUUUUUAAUGCCGAGGUGGAAGAACUAUCUCACAGUUUGCUUAAUUUUGCACGGUGAGCGGGGAAAGAAUUCAGCGUGCUAUUAUUGCUGUGUGUUUGUGCGUUGUAAAAUUCCUGCUGAAGGUGUGUAGGUUUGAACUGUGAUUUUCCCGCGGAAAUGAGGCGAAUGUGAUCAGAUACAAAAGUUGUAGAAGGACGUUGUAUUGAAGUGGCGAUGGGGAGGAAGAGGAAGGCGAAAAGGCUUGAGGACAAUCAAGGAAUUCACCCUGUCACCGCUGAUUUCAACCAUGAAAUGAAAUCUGUCAAGAAUGUGCAGAGCUCUGGCAAUAACAUACACAGACCUGGCACGAGUGUACAUAGCCCUGCCACGAAUGUUUCCUUCCAGCAACCGAUCGCGCCGGCAAAUCCGAAGAAGAAAAAGAAGCCAAAGCAGAAAACGCAGGUCACCGGGAAGAAUAUUCAGCAGCUGGCAACACAGUCUGCUCACACACCGAUGUUCCAGUCAUUGGUGCCGUAUCCUCCUCCGUCAGUAUUUGCGCCUUUCACAUCUGGAGGAGCAGGUAUAGCUGGAAAUUACAUGGAAGUGCCUAUGGGGAAGAAAAAGAAGAAGAAACCAAAGAGACUUAAUAAGGGGAUUCACCCUGUCACCACUAACUUCAACCAUGUAAUGAAAUCUGGGAAGAAUGGACCAAGCCCUGGCAACAAUGUACAAAGCUCUGGUACGAAUGUGUGUGCCCAGCGACCAAUAGUGCAGCAAAAUCCAAAUGAGAAUCAGCAGGUAAAGCCAACGAACAACACACAGCCCACUGGGAAGAAUAUUCGGCAGCUGGCAUUGAAGUCAGCUCACACAGCAGUGCUUCAGUCUAAGGAAAAAGCACAGACCCCUGGGAAGAAUGUUCAACAGCUGGCUUCGCAGUCACAUCACACACCUGUAAUGCAGUCUUCAGUGUCAUGCCAAAAUUCAUCAGCAACUGUGCCGAGCACAUCUGGAGCCGCAGGAAAUGCAGUAGCCCCGAAACAAGGGACAGACGUGGACCUUACAGAUGAUGUGAUAGUGGUGGAAUAUACAAAAGAGGUGGUACUUGUGGACCUUACGAAUGAUGACACAGAGGAGGACAGUACAAAGGAAAGGACAGGGGUGGAUAGUACAAAUGAAAGGAGUGAGGUGGACAGUAUGAAUGAAAGGACAGAGGUGGACAGUAGGAAUGAAGUGAUAGAGGUGGACAGUAUGAAUGCUGCCUGCUUACUCACUGCAAGACCCGGUAUUCUGUCAGGUACCAAACCCGACAUCUGGCAUAAAGCUACCGUGAAACAAACUGUGGAUGACAGAGUAGCUGUUCUUAAUGCCAUCAACCGGCACAUUUCUCCGCUGAGGCUUAUUCCAUAUUUUUUUCACAUGGAAGAUGGACAUAUAACAUUCCUAGUGAAUAACUGCAGUACUUCCCUCAUUGCAUUGUUCAAAAAGAACCUUAAAGUGCCAUACAUGUCUACUGAGAUUGAAUUGAAAGUCCAGCUUCAUGCCAAGAAAAUGAACCUCUCUGCAAUUUUGCAGAGAAUUAUUAGCAAAAGGCUCAGUUCUGAGAAAACAGUUUUAGACCUCUCAUACCUGGCUAGCAUACCUGAAUUUCAGCAAGUGAUGUACGACCCAUCAGAUACCUCUCAUUUACAGCAGCAGUUGCUGAAAAUGGCACAGGAAAUGGCCCCGAACCUCGUCAGCCUCAGUCUGGCAGGAAACAACCUGUUGUCGCUGAAGCAUCUCGCCGGUCUCUUUGUCAAAAACAGCAAAUGGAAGUCAAUAAAAGUAAUUGAUGUGACUGACAACAAGAUUAAGACAUUUUCUGAACUGGUGAUCUUCAAGUCUUUACCUGUCACGGAAUUGUACUUGCAUAAAAAUCCUUUCUGUGGGAAUUAUAAAGAAGAACAGAUUUACACAAGCGUUGUCAGAGCGAACUUCCCCCAUCUCAUUAAAUUGGAUGGGACUUACGUUCAGAGCGUGUUGCACUUGCCACAGUGGCGGCCGAAUUACAUUUUGUGGAGCAGCCACGGUAACUCAGCUGAGCUGGCUGACCAGUUUAUCGAGCACUUUUUCACACUGUACGAUGGUGAAGAUCGGACUUGGCUUUGGGAUCUGUACCAUGAGGAUGCCUACUUCUCUCUCUCUAGCACGUAUCUUCCUGGACAGAGCACGGCAACCAGUGCGAGGCUGAGCUCCUACCUAACAGAGUGCCGUAAUCUCUUACACAAAUCUAAUAAACAGAAACUUCAGGCCGCACUGUGCCAUGGUGCGGAGAGAGUUCUCGCAAAACUUGAGAAGCUACCACGGACUCAACACGACCCUUACUCCUUCACUGUGGAUCUGCUACAUCAUUCUGACACAAGUGCUAUAUUGACUGUUACGGGUGUCUUCAGAGAGCAAAACCGAAUACAAGACAUAUCACCUCGACAUUUUAUGCGCACCUUUGUCCUCGUCAGCUUAUCAGAUAACGAAUACCAGAUAAUUAAUGACAUCAUGUAUGUAACAAAUGCGGCAACCGCAGAGGCAGAGGAUGCAUUUAGGUACAUGAAGCCAUGUACAAACCAAAAGAAAAUUACACCACUGAAACGAAUAACGCAAGUGACGGAGCGUGAGAAAAAUUCCAUGGUACAAGAGUAUUCUCAACUUACUAACAUGACAGUUUCUUGGUCACGCACGUGCCUGAAUUUGGCAGGCUGGAAUCUAAAAGAAGCCCUUGAGAAAUUUAUGGAACUAUACAAAGCAGGCAAAAUUCCAGCAAAAAGAUUCAAUAAAUUAAAAGCAGCAGCAAAAUUUUAAAAGCGAGAAAUCUUUUGACCCUCAUCAAGUACCUGUGUCUGUAUAGUGUUUGAAGCAGCUACUGAGUAAAAUUGCAUCCUUUGUGAAAUUGGUAAUUGCUGUAGCUGCACCAGCACUAUUGCAGAAAAAGCUGAUGCAAGUUAGUUUUGUGAGUGGUCAGUGAAGGUGCAUCAGCAGCAAAAAGUGUGCUGAGAGCAGUCAAAAAGAAAAUUCAAGUUAAGAAAACUCUUAAAUUAUGAGACGGAGUUGCUUGGUGGUACUGAGGUUGUGAAAUAUUUAUAUUGCUGAUACACACACACACACACACACACACACACACACACACACACACACACACACACAAAUAAAAGUUUGUGGCACUGUACACGCUUUUGGAAUUAAUGGGGAAAUAUUAGUGCCUUCCUUGGGAACUCAAGACAGCUAGGUGGGGGAAAAUUACAAAAAAGGCCAGCUCGCUCAAGACACCCAGGUGAGAUGAAUGACCAGGUUGUCGAGGAUGUAUCUUCAGUGUUCAACUGAAACACUCUUUAUCUAGGUAAGGAAUGUUGUGGCAGAGUGUAAAUAAUUUAGGAGCAAAGGAGACAACUCACCAAAUAGUAAAAGUGUUGAGUCAUUAGGCACACGAGAAAGAAUGAAAACUUUGCUAGCUAUUGAAACAUCCUUUAAUGAGCUGGAUCAGGGAGUUGUAACAGGUAGGGUGGGUAGAGGGAGAAGGGACUGGAAAGUGGGAGGAGGCAUCGGGAAAGGUUGCCUGACAACUCAGAGGUAGGCAGCAGGUGUGUCGGAUAGGAAUGAGAAACACAGGCAGUGAUGCCAGUGACUUGGAGGAGUGGAGUAGAAGGGGUGACAGGGCGGAGGAAGGGGAACUGUCGGGUAGAGGAUGUGGGUGCAGUGAGAUAGCGGAGAUUAUGAAAUUACGGGAACAGAGGAUGUGUCACAAAGAUAACUCCCAUCUGUGUAGUUCAGAAGCAAGAGCAGAGUUGACCACCCAGUAGUGGAAAGCUAUGCUGACCACAACACACUUUAGUUCAAUUGCUGCUUCACAACCAUCGCUUCCCCCUGGCACCAGUUUUUUUUAACUAUAAAUAUGGAAGUUAUCUUUGCAACACAUCCUUCAUUCCAUAAUCCCCCUGGCCUCAAUCUCCCCUAUCUCAAUGCACACACUGCCUCUACCCAACAAGCUCUGUCCUAUCAACCCUCCAAAUCCUCUCCUCCACAUCAUCGGCAUCAUCCACCCCACCAACUCACUCACUUCCAGCGUCCGUGUGUCUCAUUCCCAUCUCCACCCUUGCGUCAGCCACCCUUCCCCAACCCUCCUCGCACUUUCCAUCCCUUUUGUCCAUCUGCCUGUUCCACUCAACACAACACAACACUUCACUCCAGUCAACCUGCCAAUCUGCAGCCCAAUACUGUGAUUGCAGUCAACCGGCACAAUAUGUGAGGGGAGGGUUGUCCGAAAGCUAGUAGUGUUUUCAUUCUUUUUUGUGUGCCUGUCAAUGACUCAAUGCCUGUGUGAUUCAAUGAGUUGUCUCCUUUCCUCCUAAAUUAUUUACAUCUCUCUUCAACUAACUUUGACCAGUGUGCCUUGCUAAUGCCAGUGGACAUCCAACUUUCAAUAACUCCAUGGCAGUCGUAGCUCUGAUAACAGACGUUCCCUCACAGCAGAUAAAAUCAGUAGAGCCAUUGAGCUCACAAUUUACACUAAAUUGCAGUAAGACAACACAAGUCUUAAGACAACUCAAGUUUAUUAACCAAACUGGUGUCACCUGACGUCGCUUUGGCUUUGUAACUUACAGAACUAAAGUAUCAUUGAUUGUUCUACAAUGUUAAUUUGUUACAUGGACUAUUCAUAUUAUUAAAUUGUAUUUUAUAAAUAUGAAGUCCACAGUAGGAGGCCUUCCAGUCAUGUUUCCACGGUGUCCCGGAACUGGGCAGCUACAAGAUGCGUAUGCCUGCCUGUUGUUUGUAACUCGGCCAUACACUGUCGUUUCUCAGACACCUGGGGAUCUCUGAAACAUCAUCCAAACAAACUACUAACAGUAGCCGUUCCAGCAUAAAAUUAUUCAACAGUUAAUUACUCAGAAUAGUUAUGAAGUUAACUUACUGCAAACCGACCUCUGUUGUAUAUUAUUUCUAUGUCAUGUGUCGUACAAUUUGCAACGUAAUUUACACACAACAGGUUCAUGGCUCCCUCUCAUCCUGCAGUCUGAUAUGUUCUCCCUUUUUAAUCUCCCACAACUUAUUUCUCUCUCCUGCCCCGAGGUAAUAUCUAAUACUUCUGAAAGCUAGCAUAGUGCUGUGGACAUUUUCUUUUAUACGUGUGUAUCAACAACACUGAAUAUUUCACAUCCUGAAAGUAAAUACCAGCUAGCAUUUGUGUCUGAUAAUUUAAUGUAAUGUUCAUUAUAUUGUAUGUAAAUAAACGGUUUCUUAUGUGAAAUCAGUCUGAAAAUAAAAUCUUGAAUCAGCUAUAUUUAUUUUGUAUGUGUACAUACAAUGCUUGGCUCCCAGGAGUCUCUGUGAUAUGAAAGACAAUAAAAUAUGAAAUGUUAUGUUGCUAA